ACAAUGCUGGCGGUGGAUCCGGUGGACCACCCCCGCAACCGCCGCCGCAGGCAGGCGGAUCAGAUAAGACAGGCCCGUGAAGAGACCCGGCGCAAGGAGGAGCUGCGCCGCAAGAUGGAGGAGUUCCGGCGGAAGCGGGAGGCCGAGCAGCGUGAGAAGCAGAAGCAGCGCGAGCGCGAGGCCAUGGAAAAGGAGCUGCGGGAACGUCGAGAGCAGCUCGAGAAAGAGAUGGCCGCCGCAAAGGAGGCGGCCGCCCGGGAGGCGCGCGAACGAGCAGAGCGCGAAGCCGCCGAGGCCCGGGCCAAGGCGGAGAGGGAGGCUGCGGAAACGCGAGCCAGGGUCGAACGAGAAGCAGCGGAGGCGCGUGCGAAAGCGGAGAAAGAAGCCGCCGAGGCACGCGCCAGAGCAGAACAGGCGCGAAAACAAGCUGAGCGAGAAGCAGCUGAAGCGCGUGCCAGAGCGGAGCGGGAAGCGGCUGAAGCACGGGCCAAAGCCGAGCAAGAGGCCCGGGAAGCGCGGGAGCGAGAAGCGCGGCGGGCAGCGGAAGCCCGCCAACGAGAGGCGCGCCGCGCCGCGGAGGCCAAGGCCCGGGCGGAGCGAGAGGCCGCCGAAGCCAAGGCCAAAGCGGAGAAGGAGGCGGCGGAGGCCAAGGCUAGAGCGGAGAAGGAGGAGGCUGAACGGAAAGCAGCAGCCAAGAAAGAGGCGGACGCCAAAUUUGCGGCCCUCAAGGAGGCGGCCGCGAAGAAGUACGCCGAGAAGAAAGCCAAAGAUGCCCAAGAAGCGGCGGCCAAGGAAGCUGCUGCGGCUGCCGCCAACCAGAAGGCAUCCAGCACGUCCACUCCACGCAGUCCAUCCCCCAAGAAACCCACAUACACCCGCAGCACUACCACCGACACCGACAGUGCAUACUCCUUCCGACCCCAAGACCGCGCCCGCCGACCCUACGGCGGCGCGUCCUCCGUUUACUCCGACUCCUCCUACGCCCCAUCCCAAUCUACCGCCCGCACCACUCCUCCGCCGUCCAACCGCGGCGCCUACGAAACCAAAGACCCCGACAAGAUCGUCAUCAAGGGCGUCUUUGAAUUCAACAACAGCUUCGUCCGCAGUCCUGUGGCCCAGCUCGUCUCCGGCCAGGGGAUGGUAUCCGACGGCCUCGUCUUGCGGAUAACAACAGAAGGUCUCUUCAUUGACGACGAAGUACGCGGGGUCGGCCAACGCGAAUGGGACAUUAAAGCCUGGACCAUGAACCUGGUGGAAGUGUGGUGUCCUCAAUACGGCAACCAGCGUCAACCUCCCAAGCCCCCACCCGGUCCCUUCAACCGACGCUCGAACGAGCCCACGCCGGAAGAAUCCGAAGCGUACUUGGGCAAUCUGCUCAAGGUAUGUAAGAAUACCUGCCGACUAUCAACAGGGGGCGGGGAAGAGCAACGAAUUCUUCAUGUGCUGCGGGCUUCGGUACGAGACCAAGAAGGCAAACGGUAUGUGUUUGUGUUGCAGGAAACGGAGGGAUGGAAAGUGGCGAUUGGAUUACAGAGAUUGAGGCGGGGGACGUUGUCGAGGGCACUAGGGGUGACAGGGUUGGGGGUGAAUGAGAGUCGGAUGAUUCUGUCGGGGUUAGGAUAUGAGUGAUGCGAUUUCUUAUUCUCUGUUUGUUUGCUUUCCCAGUAUGAUGUUGGUAUGAUUGUUCUGAUUUCAGAUAUCCCUAUGUUGAUAUGAUGCAU